ACCGGGAUGCGGCAGCGCGAAGCUUAAUCUGUGCGGGCGCGCUAAUUGGAUCGGAAUAGCACCGAUUGUUGCGGGCGCGAUAGAGGAGCGCCCUGGACCGGCGGAGGCACGGCACCACACCGUUACAGAGGAGAACCAACCGGAGUCCAUCUCCCCCCAAGUCAAUGAGUAUUGUGGCAGAGCAGCCCCCGCGGUGGAGUCGGCCAGGGCAGCACUUUCCUAAAAUAUGACCAGGGGUGCUUGGAUGCGUCGGCAGCAUGAUGAAGGCUUAAAAUUCUGGUUUGCACCCCGAGAGAACGAGAAGCCAUUUACCGAGUCGGAGCGGGCCCAGAGAUGGCGACUGUCGCUGGCCUCUCUGCUGUUCAUCACCGUCCUGCUCUCUGAUCACUUGUGGUUCUGCGCCGAGGCGAAACUGACGCGAACCCGAGACAAGCGGUCGGACGAGGGGCUUGCAAUUACGGACAUGGGCGAGUACCCAAACUCCCUCCACCGACACCACAUCCCAACAUCACCCGACCCCCGCCGUCUCGCCAGAGAGCAAGAUGUUAUUUUUCUAGGGAAUUCUACCAAACCUCUGUGGCGAAUGGACACCUGUCACCCUGACAGCCUGUCCAAAGACUGCUUUACUUUCACGGACGCGGAGACCGUGUGCCUGGGCCUCUCCGGUGGAGGGGAAAGGGGGACACAGUUGGCGUACGUGAAUCUGAGCGAUUUAUACCUUUCUUUUUGUAAUUCCUACUCACUUUUGGAUUUGUUUUACGGGUUUACGAGUCCGGACGAUUUGAAUUGCACCCUGGAUAUGGCCAUGGGGGUGGAUCUGCUGGGAUGCAGAGAGUGUGUCCGGGCUUAUCAGAGUCUCGACCAGCAGGCGGAGAAGAACUACCGGGAGUUUGAACUGCUGGUUCAGAAAUACGAGACGGAUGCGUACUCGGUUAGGACGUGCAUGGAGGAAUGCAAGAUGGUUUAUAAGCCCUGGCUGUGUUCUCAGUACUUCCAGACCACCCAGAUGCACUGCAGUAAGCGAAUCCCCUGUGGUCAGUACUGCCUGGAGGUGCAGCAGCGGUGCCCCUUUGUCCUGCCCGACAAUGAUGAUCUCAUUCAUGGAGGCAGCCCCAGUUUUAUAUGCACAGGGCUGCUGGAGGACUAUCCAUCAGGUGUGGACCCAGAUGCAGAGUGCUGCGACGUGCGGUGGGACUUGAAAGUGGACAACCGUUCCCGGGGGACCCUGAAAAGAACUCACCCGCCAUGCCAGCACCGUACCUCCCUCAGCUCCUCGGCAGCCUGCAGACUGUGUAACAGCCGGCUCAAACUCUGCCUGCUGGUCCUCGUCCUCCUACACACUGUUGCCAGCCUCACUGCAUCCCACAAUGCAACAGGACUGGGCCUCCCCGCCAUCACGCCUCUGGAGGAGAGCCCUGCCAACGAGGAGUGA